CUACAGAGACGAGACGACACAACACACAGCCAGCAAAUAACGUUGUCGUUUUAAGUUGGUAAUACUUUGAGAUUGGAAGCCAAAGGAAGGACAGAUUCUCUUGCAAUGCAAACACAAUGGCGGGGGGUUCAUAAAAAAGGUUCCACUCGAUCAUGGAUAAGCUCUUUCAACCUCCUAAGUCCACACCAAGCUCCUCCAGUUUUUUCAGCAGUUGAAGUGGCAGUAGGCUCAAAGCGAUUGAAUCCAGAAUCUGCAUUAGCUCUAGUGCAACCUAAAACCAGCGUAUACACUGUAGAGAAACACAAACAGUCUUUGUCUUCAGCUGGGUCAUCUCAAGCUCCUCUGUGUGGACCAUGGGACCGAGGAGAUCUUAUGAGGAGGCUUGCCACCUUUAAGUCUAUGACAUGGUUUGCCAAGCCUAAGGCUGUAAGUGCUGUAAAUUGUGCAAGGAGAGGUUGGGUCAAUGUGGAAAGAGGUUGGGUCAAUGUGGAAACAGAUAUCAUAGCUUGUGAAUCUUGUGGAGCUUGUCACCUUUUUUCUGCUCCAUCAUCUUGGACACAGCAGCAAGUUGAGAAGGUAGCCUUGGUAUUUAGCUUAAAGUUAGACAAUGAACACAAAUUUCUCUCCUGGAUUAACAAUAUCUGCGAUGAAGCAUUGGUGCUAUUUCCUCCUAUACCGCCUCCAGUUUUAGUUGACAAGUUUCAAGAACGUUCUUCUGCACUCUUACAAUUGUUAUCUCUUCCAGUAACUUUAUCUUUGGCCAUUGAGUGCAUGAGGAGCCCUAAGUUAGAAGAAUUUCUUAAGCAGUUGUUAAUGCUGGAAUGUGGUGAUGGAUCUGUGAAGGCUUCUCAAAUAGAUUGCCUUGGUUGUGACUCUGAAAACAUAUCUCCUAACUUAUAUUAUCAGGAAAGGGUCCUAAGCAACUUUUAGAAGAUAAUGGGGUGAAAUUUGAUCCAAUUAGGUGGCACAGGCUUUUUUGCCCUGGAUUUUUUCAACAGGUAGUGGAUCACCCAGAUGGCAAAUAACACUAUCUGCUUUUUGUCAUCUGAAAGAGCACUCUCAUCCAUCACUGGCAAAUUCUCCUCCAUCUACCUCUGUGAUUAAGGUGGAUGAUCCCAUCACCUCAGUUAGAAAGCUUUUCUUGUCUCCGGUCACGAAAAGAUUGAAGCCCAGGCAUUAAACAAGCUGAAGUAUGCACCAAUUCGUCAGUGUUUAUGGAACUUAACGAGUUUCCAAAUAUGCCAGGGAUGAGACUCCUGUCUGCUCUUAUCUGAACUGCAAGAACAAGACAAGAGUAUCAAAUUGUCGUUAUGCCAUCAAGCCACAAUUUGUGAUGAUCACCUUUGAGUACGGGCGGUUGAAGCCUCUUUCUGCCACAACAGCCCUUUUGUCUCCUAUUAGCUUUGCAACCCUGCUCAGCAGACAACAGG